CUCAAUCUCAUGUUGGUAUGUUCCAGUGCCAAGUUGCGCUUCUGCUGUGUGCUGCGGGUCUUUGUUGCCUUUAACAGGAUUUGUUUAGCUUGAAAUAAAACGUUUUACCGGAUUAAUAUCGGUAUCGGUUUAUACUACAACGUACCCUAAAGAUGGAGGAAAGGAGUUAUGGAUCUUUGCCCCCCCAUGCCCCCUCGGAUUAUGUCCAGCACUGGGUACAGUCAGCGCAACAACAUCUCCAGGCACUUCACGCUCAGUAUUCUCAUAUGGCUAAUGGAAAUGCUGGCCAGUACAUGGAGGGACCAAGAGAAGAUGGGGUCAUGGCACAGAUGCCUCUGCAGCAGCAGAUGCCUGCCCAGCUAGAGGCUGGUGUUCCAGAGCAAGCCAAAGCUCCUGCUAAAGGGAAGAGGGGCAGACCUGCAAACAAAGAGCCCAAACCUAAAGCAGAGCCUAAACCCAAGGCUAAACCUGGCCCCAAGCCUAAGAAAGCCAAGCUAGACAAAGAUGGCCAGCCAAUUGAAGGUGCUCAAGAGAAGAUUGAUGAAUCCUUCAAGAAAGUAAAGAGGAAAAUAGAUCGCUUCAAGGGCAUGUCAGAAGAGGAGGUCAUGAAAAAGACUCUGCCGGACAUCCUUACGCCCAACUUGGAUUAUGUGAUUAUUGGAAUCAAUCCAGGAUUAAUGGCAGCCUAUAUUGGAAGAUGGUUCCCUGGACCUGGAAAUCACUUUUGGAAGUGCUUGUUCCUGUCUGGGUUCACUGACCAGCUGCUGAACCAUAUGCAUGACCACACUCUUCCUGAGAAAUACGGCAUUGGCUUCACAAACAUGGUAGCCAGAGCAACACCCGGAAGCAAAGAUCUCUCAAGUAAAGAGCUUCGAGAAGGUGGCAAAAUUUUAGUGGAGAAGAUAAAGCAGUUCAAGCCACUCAUAGCUGUGUUCAAUGGAAAAUGUAUUUAUGAAAUGUUCUGUAGAGAAAUAUUUGGGAAAAAGCCAAAAACUCUGGAAUUUGGCUUACAGCCUCACAAGAUUCCAGACUCUGAAACGGCAUUGUACCUGAUGCCCUCGUCCAGUGCUCGCUGUGCCCAGUUCCCCCGAGCUCAGGAUAAAGUGCACUUCUACAUCAAGCUCAGGGAACUUCGAGACCAACUGAAGGGAGUUGCUAAACCUCAAGAGGUGGAGGAAGUCAAUUAUUCCUUCGAUCUUGGCCUGGCUAAAGAGGAUGCCAAGAGGAUGGCCAUCAAGGAAGAGCAGUAUGAUCCUGGCUACGAAGCUGCCUUUGGAGGGGCGUAUGGAGAACCUGGAGUUGAGGAAGGACAGAGCAAUGGACAUUGUCCGUUCUCUUCUGGACAGGCAGAAACAUCGGAGAAGGAACCCAGAAAUCAGAACAAGGAGGGUCAGGUUCCAGGGGGACAGUGGAUGAACGAGUCUUUCACUGACAAGAUUCCGGACAUUGGAAGCUCUUCACAAGCGCCUGCAGGGGCUGUAUGAGGCUUGGUAAGGGCCUUUUUAUGCAGCCUUAUAGACAGAGCUCCCGUUUUCACUUUCAGCUCGGACACAGUGCCUCUCACUAGCUUCAUCCAGUUCAGGAGUCCUCAAGGAGUGUGCUAAUUUUUCUCUUUGCUCAUAUAUUAUAAAGCCCUGUUACAGUCAUGGGUAUUAUAAAACAACUGCUAUUGUUGUGUGCAAAAUUACUCCACAGGAUGGAUGUCAAAAUCACGGAGGCGACUACUGGAGCUACGAACAGGGAUAAAUCAGCUGCUGCUCCAUUUAUAAAGAAACUGUACCUCAGUCUUUCAGCUGAAGACCGUUAGCAUGAAACGCUCUUCGUCUGAGAAGAGACGAAUAAAGAUUUUUUUGCAAUGAAUUUGAAGUAGACAUUUUAGGACUUAGUAUUUCUAUGGAACUAUUUUUGCUUUUAUUUUUAUCUAAUGCUUUUGUGUCCAAAACAUUUUGGAUAUUUCUUGUGUAGUGUAUAAGGGUCAGCACUGCUGAAGUUGUUUUCAUGCUUUAUGUGAUAUCAGGGACUGAUACUUGAUUUUAUCAAAAGAGGUCAAAGUGUGUAAUUUGAUUGGGUCGAGUGUAGUUCAUCUUUUUUUAAUAGUCUUUCACAUACAAAGAUAUAAGGUGCUUGAGCAAGUGGCACAUAUGAAAUCAUGCAAUGAUUCCACAAUUUAUGUCAAUGUACGUUUUUAAAGGUACAUUUUAAGAGGUUUGAAAUUACUGGUAGCGCUGGUAUUUGUAAAACUGUGAAAGAAUACAGCACAUGUAAAAGACAGCCACUCAUUAUAUUAUUAUGUCACCUGAUGCGUUGUGGAUUUUAUGAUUGCAGUCCUGUGCUUUUACUGUUUAUAUGAAACACUAUUGGUGCUAUUUUGUCAAUCUCAUUGUAACAUGACUGUUUUUUUUUUUUUUUUCCUGUUUAUUAAAAUUUUAUUACAUUGAAA